CGGUGGUGGCGGGGAGCGGAUUGCUGCUGUUGUGCACUGGCCGGCGGUGAGGAGGGGUUGACGGGGGACUCUCCGACGAGACACGGUGGACGAAAGUUAAUAACUUCAAACAAACCCGGAGCUUAAUUUAAGCGCAUUUAAAAGGAAAUGACUGAUUCAUCUGCUGCGUUAAAAGGCUCCUAUUCUUCCGCUGCGUUCCCGAAGGCCUGAGGAUUUGAGUGAUUAUUGGAUCCAGAGUUUCUGCCAACACACAGACAAGCCCUUUAAAUGACGGAUAAAUGGUCGGAAGUCUAUUCUCUAAGAGCUGUUUCUUCUGUUCCCGAUCUGAACUGCCAAAACGGGUUCGAGUAGGACGAAUUCGGACAUUGAAACUACGGUUAAAAGGAGGGUUUACCUCAGUUAGCUCUGCGGCUAAAAACUCGCCCAUCCACAAUGAAUCAAUAUUAGCCGUUAGCAGCUAGCAUACACGGCUAAUUUAAAGGAAUAAAUCCGUAUUCGAUUUUCUCGCAUCGAUAUUUUGAAUUGAUAUGCAGUCAGUCCCGUGUAUUACAUCCGGUUGUAUUGAUUACUUGGGUGCUAAAGCCUGAGAUCGUCUGUAGCACAGUCUAAAUCCAUGCAGUCACAUUAUAUGGACUGACAGUAAAGUCUCCAGAAUCUCGAACAGGCAGAUAGUACAGCAGUAAACGCUUACUCUGUUUCAGUGUCUUUAUUUCAGCUCUUCAUGGACCUACAUUUAGUUUGAGAUCAUUCAUCGGAUCCAUUGAUUCACAUUUGAUGACAGGAGUAGCCCAGGUGUGAGUUUCGCAGGUGUUGGUCACAGCGUUACACACAUGAGCAGGUAGAGUGAUUGUGUAUGUGUCAUCAUGGGGAAUACAGUGUCCUGCUGCGUGUCCCCCAGAGGAAGUCCAAAACUGCCCCGACAGGUGGAGCGCCAAGAGGAAUAUCAGAUCAAUACUGACCUGAGCGAUGACACCGGUCCAUAUCUACAGCACAUCAGUGACCGAGAGGUGCCUGACGAUUUGGCAUUAGAGUCCAACCCUUCAGAUCAUGCCCAGGCCAGCACGAUUUUUCUUAGCAAGUCACAGACUGAUGUUCGGGAUCGAAGGAAAAGCAAUCACAUAAAUCACGUAAGUGGUUUUGGGUUGACACUGGUUAUAUGUUGGAAUGUUUUUCUGUGCAUUACAUGUUGUUCUUUUCUGCAGGUCUCUCCUGGUCUGCUCUCAAAGAAAUACAGCUCAUGCUCCACAAUAUUCAUUGAUGACAGUACAGUUAGCCAGCCAAACCUGAAAAGCACAAUCAAAUGUGUUACAUUAGCAAUAUAUUAUCACAUUAAAAACAGGGACUCUGAUAGGUCAUUGGACAUUUUUGAUGAAAAAAUGCACCCCUUAUCUAGGGAGCAGGUUCCUGAAGAUUACUGCCGCACAGACCCCGAACACAAACUCAUCUAUCGAUUCGUCCGGACGCUGUUUAGCGCGGCACAGCUUACAGCUGAGUGUGCCAUCGUCACUCUGGUAUAUUUGGAGAGGCUGUUGACUUACGCUGAGCUGGACAUUUGCCCGUCUAACUGGAAAAGGAUUGUGUUGGGAGCUAUCCUGUUGGCCUCAAAAGUCUGGGACGAUCAGGCAGUGUGGAACGUAGACUACUGUCAGAUCCUCAAAGACAUUACUGUUGAGGACAUGAACGAGAUGGAGCGACAUUUUCUGGAGCUGCUGCAGUUUAACAUUAAUGUCCCGGCCAGCGUCUAUGCCAAGUAUUACUUUGACCUGCGCUCUUUGGCAGACGACAACAACUUGAACUUUCCCUUGGAGCCUCUGAGCAACGAACGUGCUCAGAAACUAGAGGCUAUCUCAAGACUAUGUGAGGAUAAGUACAAGGAUUUGAGCAAGGCAGCCAUGAGAAGAUCGUUAAGCGCAGACAACCUAAUUGGCAUCCGCAGAUCCAAUGCAGUUCUUUCUUAGAGCUUUUCCUCGGAAGCGUCACCGUUCCAAGCCAGAGCUCAAUGGACGAAACUUGUUCUACAGUAUCUCCCUGUCUUUGGCUGCGACGCCAGCCAACAGACCUUAAACACUUUACACAACCGAUGCAGAACAACACCGAGACAAAACAGACUGUACUUUUUGUUUGCUUACUAUGUAGGCUACUAGCUGUGAACUUUGUCAGUUUUUAAUUGAAAUCAUUUGCAGAUGGGAGUAUUUUAAAUAAACACUAAUCAUGUAACGAGUCUUUUGAAGACUGUGCUUUGCAUCACAUUUGGUAUUUUAAUCUGUACAGCUCUUUCACUAAAAGAGCUAAUUCAUUUCUUAUUUGGAUCGUAUCCAUUUUAAACUAUAUGAAUAAAGUAUGUGUUAGUGCCUGCAAAUAAAAUAAUAGAAAAGUGCAAACACUAGAACACAAAUGCAGGAUUGGUCCUUUC